GAUGCCUUCGUAAAUAUAUCCACUUCCAAGAAGAAACGAUGAUUAAAAUGAGAGCAGCACUGAUAAAGUCUCCGUCUGAAACUUGAAACCAUGAAGGGAAGAACAAACCAGAGAGAAGGAAGUCUGGAGCAGCUUGGGGAUCUAACAAACCGGCAUCCUGUGGAGUGACUUGGGUUCUGCUGAGUUUGGGUCAAAGUUCACAUGUCCUCUCUGAGACAAUCUCAGUCUUUUCGUGUGUGAUGAGAAGCUGCAGCAGCCAAUCAGCUUCCAGUUAGGAAAGUUGGAAAAUCAACAAUGGAGAUUUCCUGGGACAGAUGUCCAUAUAAGGUCAUACCUGCUUUAGUGGGCGUGGCUCAAAAACACCAGUGGAUAGGCUGACUGCGAUUUGUUUCUUAUAAAAUAUUCAUAAAAUAUCAUAGAAACAACCUUUAUUUUCCCAGAGAGAUGUUAACACUUCCAAAAGUUAAACAUUUAUUUAAAAAUGCAAGACUAACAAUAAAAUAAUAAUAUAUUGUUCAGGAUUAUAACUAUUAUGUAAUUGUGUAUUUAGCAGAAACAGAAAUAUCGUACUCCAAUGUGCAACUGAGUGUAUGUUUUUUUAAUUGUUUAUUUAUGAAUCUUUAUAUAACCAGGUAGAAACCUGCUGAGGCCAAAGUCUGUUACCAUGGUUACCAGGGUGAAAGGUCAUGGAAAAGAUAGCAGGCUGUUUCCACUUUAGUGAACAUGAAUAAAACCUCUAACUGCCUCUGCUGGCCAACUGAAGACAUUACAGCGCAGACACAUGCACUGUCAUCUGACUGCCCUGCAUGCGCGUGUGUGUGUGUGUGUGUUUGUAAUAUCUAGAAAUGAAUGGAAGUCAAUGGAAAGUCCCCACAAAGAUAGCCACGCAAACAUGUGUGUGUGUGUCCUGCUGCAAGUUUAAAGCCAAUGACCUUUGAACCCAGCCGGUACACUCCUGUAUUUACUCAUAAAUAGUUGCUGGAGGAGCAAAACUUUGACCUUUGCCCUAUAAUGAACUUCCUGUUUGAUAAAACCAGAGAGAGACACAGAGAGAAGGAACAAACGGGGUCAGAACCAAACAAAAUCAGGCCAGAAAAGAAGAAGAGAGGAAGAAGAGGAACGCUGCCGUAGCAACUGAAGCAACAGCAGCAACAGCAGCAUGGAGCGGCAGCAGGACAGACACGUUCAGCUGAAUGAUGGCAACCGCAUGCCGCUGCUGGGCCUGGGGACAUGGAAGGCCUUCCAUCAGGCGCCCGUCCAGCCCGCUGUGGAGGCCGCCAUCGCCGCCGGUUACCGCCACAUCGACACCGCCUUCAGCUACGGGAACGAGGUGGAGAUUGGCAAAGCGCUGCGCUCCAAGAUGGAGCAGGGCAUCAUCCGGCGGGAGGACGUGUUCGUCGUCACCAAGCUGUGGUGCACGCACUUUGAGCCCGAGGACAUUCCCGUCUGCCUCAACCGCUCCCUGCAGGACCUGCAGCUGGACUACCUGGACCUGUACCUCAUCCACUUCCCCGUCGGCUUCAAGGUCAGAUCAGAGAAAUCGGGAGACGAUCUGUUUCCAAGGAAGGACGGGAAGAUUGUGACGUCGGACACGGACUACGUGGACGUGUGGCGGGGUCUGGAGGCGCUGCAGGCUGCCGGCAGGGUGAGGAGUAUCGGCGUGUCCAACUUCAGCGUCCUGCAGCUGGAGCGCCUGCUGGCCCUCUGCAGGGUUCCUCCUGCUGUCAACCAGGUGGAGCUCCAUCCCUACAUGGUCCAGAAGGAUCUGGUCGAGUACUGCAGGUCCAAAAAAAUCGCGCUGACGGCCUACAGCCCCUUUGGCUCCCCUGGAAGACCCUCAGAGUUGAAGAGAGGCGAGGCCGACCCCCACAAGCUGCUGCAGGACCCGGUGGUCGCCGCCAUCGCAGGGAAGCACCGCCGCAGCCCGGCACAGGUUCUGCUGAGGUUUCAUGUGCAGCAGGGUAUCCCAGUCAUUCCUAAAAGUGACAAACCUCAUCACAUCCUGGAGAACACUAAGGUAGAGCCCAACAGAACCGGUCCAGAACCGCUCCUAGGACCGUUUCCUCAGAUCCUCCCAGAGAGCCCCCGCCUCGGCCCAAAGCUUCCUGUCAGAGAUUCAUUCAGCUACCGAGAACGACCGGGAGGAAACCCAACGGCGAGACGCGCCUGCCAACCCCGCCGCCGGGCAUGCCGACCCCGUCGCUAGACAUGCCGACCCCGACCCCAUUGCUAGACAUGCCGACCCCAACCCCAUUGCUAGACAUGCCGACCCCGACCCCAU